GACUUGUGACGACCGUCCGCCAUUACAAGAUGGCGCCGGCAUCCUCUCAGGGCGUUGCCCUAAGUUGUUUGCCACAUCAGCUCCGCCGUGCUGUUUGGCACUCUUCCGCCCGCCAGUCUGCCUAGCAACGCCAGCUGACCAAUCCCAAUAGCCUCGGGUGUCAGGCCAGUUAGACACGCCUACAACCUGCAUAUAAGCACGCCGAGAUCCGUGGUCGGGGCCCCUCACCUUCAGCUCUCCCUCAACCGAGCAGCGCUUCAAUAAACCGUGAUCGAAGAAGGAUCCUCGAGUCGUGGUGUUAUUCCCUGCUGGUCAGGGCUCGCCGCAGCUGGUGCCGAAACCCGGGAACCUCCGUGGCAGCACCACGGUGAGGGGCCGAAGAGGAUUCAGAACUUCACACGGGAAGCGGACGACGUCGGAACGUCCGGAUCCCAUCUGGGUGCCAGAAAGGCUCACCAGGGAAGUGAAAGAAGCGCCACAGGAUGAUUCCAUGGAAGAUUCCAAGCUACUGGAAGAUGGGCCUGAUGCUGUUCCUGAUGACAUGGAGCAUAGGGAAGAUGGAGCCAAGAUGGGGAAUCCUGUCAGCAUACCCGAAGCCCAUGCCAGUCCGCCAUAAUGCGGCUGUGUUCCCUAGAUUCUUUACUACUUCUAAAGAGUUGGGCCUCCCCUCUUUACCAUUAGACAAACAGAUUGCCCCUUUAGGAGAAGAUAGAAAAUUUCAAGAAGAGGGUUCACUUUGUUUUGUAUUAACUGAUGUAGAUCCAGACAACGAACCCUGCCUGGCCUUUAAGAAACAAGGCUUAGCAUGGUUUAAAAAUGAGUACGACCUUCGGAAUCUUACUGAUGGGGAUAUUACAUGUAAUGCUAAUCAAACCCAAUGUUAUUAUCUCACCCAUACUGAGGUGCUUGAGAAGGCGGUUUGGCUCAACGGCACCUUUUUAAGUUCAAAGGAUAAUCUCUCAGAUUCCGAGAUGCCACCAGUCCAGCAAAGAUUUGCCCCGCAUUGUUGGCAUACUUAUGAACAGGAGGUUUGGCCUUGGUCUGAUUGUCAGUCAACUGUAGUUGCUUGGGCUGAUGCUAGUAAAAGUUUUACAUUUUCACCUGAUAUGCGAGGUCCUAAGAGAGGUAGGCUUAUGUACAAUCAAGGUCUUUUUAUCCAAAACCCACUUAUGAAACCCUAUGAUAAAUGGAUACUUUGUGGUGUUAACGGUAGUUGUACUGAGUUGAACGCUUUUUCCCUCCUACAAGGAGGAACAACAGGUUUUUCUAGUUUUUUAGGUACAUUUGUCCAUAAUUCAACCAUGAGAUUGCUAAUCAGCAAGGAGGAGGGCAAUGCUACAAUUUUUGAGCCACAGGGGCCACCAACUGGUGGGUAUAAAACAAUAGUAGAACAUUUUCAUAAUCAUACAUAUCCUCCUGCUCCUGUGUGUGUUUAUUCUCCAUUUUUGUUUAUAUUAAGCAAUUCUUCCUUUGGCAAGUGCACUAAUCAAACAUGCUUUCUUUCUCAAUGCUGGGAUGCAGAACAAUUUACUAGAGCCUUGGUGGCCAGAGUCCCACGGUGGAUCCCUGUGCCAGUGGAAGCACCUAGCACCAUGACACUGUUUAGACCUAAACGAGAUUUUGGUAUCACUGCAGCGGUUAUAGUGGCCAUCUCCGCCGCUGCCACAGCCGCCACGGUUGCUGGCAUAGCCAUGUCUACUACAGUCCAGACAGCUUCCACUCUCAAUAGUAUUUCUCAAACAGUGGCACGAGCUCUGGACUCACAAGCUGUUAUUGAUACACGCCUCAGAGGCGGAAUACUAAUUGUAAAUCAAAGAAUAGAUCUUGUCCAAGAACAGCUGGACAUGACCUGGCAGCUGGCUCAGUUGGGCUGUGAAUGGAAAUUUAAUGCCCUUUGCAUUACCAGUGUCCCUUAUGAUAAUUACACUAGGGCCGCGAAUCUGUCCCGCUCUUUAUCUCUUUACCUUGCAGGAAAUUGGUCCCAGGAUUUUGAUGCCCUCCUCGGGCAACUCCGGCAGGCGGUGUUGGUCAUCAAUUCCACGCGAGUGGACCUUAGCCUGGCGGAGGGGAUGACUUCCUGGAUCUCCUCAGCAGUUUCCCUGUUUAAGGAAUGGGUGGGGGUUGGUAUGUUCGGUUGUGUACUUGCUGCGGGCAUUAUCCUGGCGCUGUUCUUGCUGUGUCGAAUAUCUCGAAGGCGUAAGGUGGAAAAAAUGGCGAUUGCUAAGGCUUUGGCAGCUUUGGACGCGGGCAGUUCCCCUAAAGCCUGGAUAGCUGUACUCAGGGAUGCAUAA